AUGGAGCUGGAAAUAAUACAUAAUUUGUAUGAAUUUGCCAAUUUCAAUCGUUCCCUGGGCAAUCACGAUGAGUUCGAUAUACUUUUCAAGAGAUGCUACAGGCAUCUGAAGGAGGAGCUAGACAGGCGAGAAAGCUCUCCGAAAGAGAGCAGUCCGGAGUUCAAAAAUGACUUGAUUCAGCUGACCAAAAAAGUGUUAGAGUUGAAAGAGACUCAAUUGACAAUGCAGGAAAAACUGAUAUGGCUCGGGUCCAAGAUAGGAGGCAGAGGAGGGUUUUGGUUUCCGUCAGAUAGGUUCUAUUUCGUGGAUUCCCCGGAGUUGGGAUGCGAUACGUCGAACCAGAGGGAUCUGGUUUUUCAUGAGGAUGUUCCAGAUACCAAAAAGGAGGGCGAUUUGCGUGGGCAAGUCCACCAGGAACAAGAGCAUCAGCAAGCACUGGAAAGCAUUAACGGAUUGAGACUUGAUAAGACAGAGGACAAUACUCCUGAUAUCGACUGGUCACUAGAAGGGUUCGAGACUUUGAGACAAAAUGGAUCAGACUGUUCAUUUGUUUCUAGCCUGAUAUCAAUGAUGAGCUCAGGCUUUGAUAUCUCAGAUCUAAUUACCAAAGGGAAGCACCGGUUCGGAGUGACCUUCCACUUGAACGGAUGCACUAGGUAUGUCGUAGUGGACUCUUUUAUUCCUGAAUUGAGUGUGAAAUCUAGGAACAAAAAGCUUCUCUGGCCAGCCAUUGUUGAAAAGGCAUAUACAAAACUAUUCGAGGGUUCAAACUUUGCCAACGAUAUGUACUUGCUCUCGGGCUGGAUACCAGAGUAUGUCCCCAUACGGUAUCUCACGAGGGAAAGGAGACUGGAGAUUUACGAGAUGUUCAAGAAGAAUGAGGUGCGAAUUGGUCUGGGAACCUUUGAUGAGAGCCAUGACUUUGCCAUAGUGAAUAUUGAGAUUGAACCUGAUGCCUCAGAUGUCGUAUUCACAGUGGUAGAUCCCAGAGAGUCGUACAACGGGAAAUUUAAGUUGAAAAGCUUGAACGAUUACGAAGUGCUAUAUGUAUGCCACAAUCCUUUGAGAUUCUCUUUUAUCACUCAACAAAUCUUAAUGAACACGAAUACCAGGGAAGUAUGGUCCAAGCCGCAGUUCACCGUGCAAUGCGAUGAAGCCACUACAAUCUGGUGCUUGAUGGAAAGGUUUUUGACUGGAAAAAACGCUUCAACACCAAAGGAAGGCUCUAUCAAUGUUCAUUGGAAACACGGUAAAGAUCGAAUCUACUCCUUGUCCAAUUGCGCAAGAGGAACAGCCAACAACUCGAGAUUCCACCUCUCUAAGUUCGCAGCGCAGAAGGGCCAUUCGACCCUGUGUGUGGACUCAGAUAUCAGAUCCAUAGUAUCGUUGACAUUAUACUCGACCUCAAAAAUCUCAUUAUGCAAAGCCAAAGACGAAAAAUCUACCGAAGUGAUCAGGUCCUCGUGGUCGCUCUCCAACUCUGGUGGUAGCUAUUUGCACCCAACGUUCUGCGAGAACCCGACCUACGAGCUGAUAGUCCCUGAUAACUCGAGGGUUGACAUUGCUCUAGAAAGCUGCCACGAAGCAGAGGUGACAGUGUUCAAGGAGGAGAUAUCUGACAAAAAUAUGGUGUAUUCGCCCACUUAUUCGAGGAACGUAUAUCACGAGGACGUCCUGUUGUUGGGAACAAGAUUCAUUUUGGUUCCGUCAACUUAUGAUCCAGGCCAGACCGGAGGGUUUUCUAUGGCGAUCAGACACGAUUCCGGGAUCAAGCUUCGCGAAUUGAGCACCAGACUGGGGUUGUUCGUCAAAACAGAGAGAGGAGACAAUUUCCCCAGAUUUGCGCUUACCACCUCAAGAAGGUCAAGCAUGAGAAUCCGAGCCAGGCUCAGCGAAACAAAUACUAACACUAUGACAAUAACUCAAUUCAGGAACAGAAAUGAUACUGAAACUACAGCCUCGAGCCACCUGCCAAACAACGGAGAGUUCCAUCUGCAGGAUGCUUUCCAUGGCUCCGAGUUCGAGCUCCAUCUGGAAGGACAUUAUCUUAUCGAUUUCCCGCUGAUUUCCUCUCAGCUUUGUGCUGCAACUGUUGAAGUUGGCUCAGAUCAUCCAUUCGAGCUGCAAAUAUUGUAA